GCUCCCUAUAUGUUUGGAUUGAGUUCCUCAGUUGAGAAGGGCUCUCCCUAAUCUCUUUAUGACCUAUUGAUUUCUGGAAGUUACAGUUGGUAGUUUAAUGGCGUCUCGAUGCAGCGCAUUGCUGUUAAAGCACGGCCUUUCUCUGCGAUGUCCGCUAUCGUCUUCUCUCCAUCGGAAUCCUCAUCCCCCAUUCAGAACCUUCUGGAGGAGCUUCAUUGCAGCUGCUUCUCCGAAUUUCGCCAAUGAAAAUCGAGAAUAUGUGAUUGUUGGAGGAGGAAACUCAGCUGGAUAUGCUGCUCGGACCUUUGUCGAGCAUGGACAGGCUAAUGGGAAGCUAUGCAUUGUAUCAAAAGAGGCAUAUGCCCCCUAUGAACGUCCAGCAUUGACAAAAGGGUAUCUAAACUCUUUGGAUACAAACCCUUCACGUUUGCCGGGGUUCCAUACUUGUGUUGGCUCAUGUUGGGAGAGGCAGACUCCGGACUGGUACAAUGAGAAAGGAAUAGAGAUGUUGUAUGAAGAUCCGGUAACAGGCAUUGAUAUAGAAAAACAGACAUUGACAACAAAUUCAGGAAAGUUGCUCAAGUAUGGAACUCUUAUUAUUGCUACUGGUUGUACAUCCUCCAGUCUUCCUGAAAAAGUCGGAGGGCAUUUACCUGGUGUUCACUAUAUUCGGGAUGUGGCAGAUGCCAAUUCACUUAUAUCCUCGUUGGAGAAAGCAAAGAAAGUCGUAGUGGUUGGGGGUGGCUACAUCGGAAUGGAAGUAGCAGCAGCUGCAAUUGGUUGGAAACUCGAUACAACCGUGGUCUUUCCCGAUAAUCAUCUCUUGCCAAGACUAUUUACCUCUUCCCUUGCUCGCAAGUAUGAACAACUAUACGAAGAAAAUGGUGUUAAAUUUGUUAAGGGUUCUUCAAUACAACAUAUAGAAAGUGGUCCUGAUGGACGUGUAGCUGGAGUUAAACUUGGAGAUCAGUCUUUCAUUGAAGCAGACUUAGUGAUUGUUGGCAUUGGAGCGAAACCUGCUGUCAGUCCAUUUGAAAGUGUUGGCUUAAGUAACACUGUAGGUGGCAUACAGGUUGAUGGUCAAUUCAGAACAAAAAUACGCGGUAUUUUAGCUAUUGGUGAUGUUGCAGCAUUUCCAUUGAAGAUUUACAAUCGAAUUUCGCGAGUAGAGCAUGUUGAUCAUGCUCGUAAAUCAGCACAACAUUGUGUAAAGGCAUUAUUGACUGCGCAGACUGACACAUAUGAUUACCUACCAUACUUCUAUUCAAGGGUGUUUGAAUAUGAGGGAAGCCCAAGGAAACUCUGGUGGCAAUUUUAUGGGGACAAUGUUGGUGAGACUGUUGAAGUUGGGAAUUUUGAUCCAAAAAUUGCAACAUUUUGGAUUGACUCAGGUACUCUGAAAAUACUCAAAUACCACUAUGUAAACUGAAGGGGGUUCUUCUCGAAAGUGGAAGCCCUGCGGAAUUUGAACUGCUUCCUAAGCUAGCAAGGAAUCAACCACUUAUUGAUAAAGGCAGACUCCAAUGCGCAUCAUCUGUUGAAGCGGCUCUAGAAAUUGCUCAAGCUUCCCUCGGCCAUGUAACAUUCGUUUAGUCCCCAAGGUUAGCCACCAUUUUCAAUGCACAAUGACAUCUGUUAACAAAAAAAUUUCCUGAAUAGUAAAAUUCAAGUAGUUUGAAAAUAUUUAAUAAACUUUCCGAUUCCAAGAGCAUAUUUAUUUCAUGCAGAUUAUAAUGAAAGCAACAUAUAAUCCCAGUGAGAGUGGAAUGAUACAAUAAUACGGAGUACAUUGAAAUAACAUAUGUGCCUUUUACUUUUCUGAUGUUGUACUGCAGAUUGAAUUCUUGUAUUGCUAAGCAAAUAACAAUUGAUAGGUUUA